AUGAGCACCAGACACUUGGAAAGGAAGUCGGAUGCUGAGAAGCAGGAUGGGGCAGAGGGAAGUCUGGAACAAGAAGAGGGGGUAAGGAACUCACUGUCUGAGCCCAGCAGUGAGGUGCUCAGGGAUUACAGCUCAGAGCCCCGGAGGGUCUCCAUGUUGCCCCUGUGGUGGAGAAUUACACACAGCUCCCGCUGGAUAGUGCAGCUCCUGGCCUCAGAGCUCAGCCUGGUCGCCUUUGCCCUGCUGCUGGUCAUGGUCUUCUCCAAGAAAUGGCUGUGCCUCUCUCGAAGCCGCUUCUACCAGCGCUGGCCCACCAAUGUCAGCACCAGAAUCUACACGGCCACUCACAUCAUGUCCAUGGGGCCCCUGCGGAUCUGCAAAUCCAAGAGCUGCUCCAACUCAGAAAAUUGGAAUGAUAGUUUUAAGCUGUGGACAAAUCACCCAAUCUUCGGGGUGGCCAUGAUAACUUUCUGGCUGGCGCUGGUGCUGGGCCUUAUCUUCACCAUCUGGUUGCACCUGCCAUACCUACCUGGUCUUAAGAGACUGCCCUUCUUUAGCUGGGUUGGGACUAUCAUGAGCUUCUUUGAAGUUACCCUUAUUUUCCUCACCCUGAUGUUGUUCCCUAUUAACCUCUGGAUCUUUGAGUUGAAGAAGAAUUUAUCAGUCCCCAUCGGCUGGAGCUAUUUCAUAGGCUGGCUGGUGUUUGUCCUCUAUGUCACCUGUGCAGCCCUCUGCUACUUCAACCACCAACAAUUCUGGAGGGUGAUUAUGAACCGUCCUUGUGGCACCGAGUUCUGCAGCAACCGCUCCAGCCUGCUACCAAACUUGCUGAAGAAGCCGCUUGUCUCACAUGCCUCUGUCACCCAGAGGGAAGUCCCGGAUCCUGAGCAAAAGAAGGCAUCUCCGUAA